AUGUAUGAGGAGAGAAUGCGCAUACAAAAGGCGGGUGGUACAGUCAGAGAUGGACGUGUCAAUGGAAUAAUUGAAGUGUCGAGAUCGAUUGGUGAUGGACAGUUCAAAACCCAUGGAGUGACUUGUAUACCCUGA